AUGCCUCCUUCAUCGACAAAACCCAUACAACGAGAUGGAACUACUACUGACAAUGCAGGAUCAACAGAUACUGGUCGUCAUGGAUCAUCCAGAGAUUACCCUUCUUCGCGCGAUGAUCGACGGGACCGGGAGCGAGGCAGCGACAGGCGGCGUUCACGUUCCCCAGGACAUCGAGGAUCACGGCCUUCUCGUCGCGAUGGCGAAGUAGACUCUUAUUCUUCUAGCCGCGACUAUAGGGAGCGAGAACGUGAGGAUAGAUACUCGGGUAGAGACAGACGCGGCGGCGGAGAUAGGGAAUGGGACAGAGAUCGAGGUUCUUCACGACGCGAUGCAAGAAGAGACGACGACGAUAGACCACCCAGGAGAGACAGAGAUCUGUUUGAUGAUCGAAGAGGUGGAGGCGGACGACGCGGUGAUAGGCGUGAUGGCGGGUUUGGAGGUAGAGGUGACCUGGAUCGCAAGAAGAGCGCAAGUCCUCCACCAAAGAAGAGGGAGCCAACACCAGACUUGACAGACGUCGUCCCAAUUCUUGAGCGCAAGAGGAGAUUGACCCAGUGGGAUAUAAAACCUCCUGGGUAUGAAAAUGUUACAGCAGAGCAAGCCAAACUUUCUGGCAUGUUUCCACUACCUGGUGCUCCAAGACAGCAACCCAUGGACCCGAGCAAGCUCCAGGCCUUCAUGUCACAGCCAAGUGGCUCAGUCACAAAUGCAGCACUCAAACCUUCCAAUUCUCGACAAGCAAAACGUCUUCUGGUCCACAAUCUCCCUCCCGCGGUGACCGAUGAAAGCAUAGUCAAUUUCUUCAACCUCCAACUAAACGGACUCAAUGUUAUUGAGGGAUCAGACCCGUGUAUUAGCGCUCAGAUCUCGAAGGAUCGAUCAUUUGCUUUAUUGGAGUUCAAGACGCCUUCAGAUGCGACUGUUGCGUUGGCACUUGAUGGAAUCACCAUGGAAGAUGGCGAUCACUCGACAGUAAACGGGGUAGCUAAUGGCGAUACGAAAGGACUUUCCAUCCGACGCCCGAAGGACUACAUUGUUCCAGCAGCCUCUGACGAGACACCGCACGAGCCUGGUGUCAUUUCAAACGUCGUACCUGACACACAGAACAAGAUCAGCAUCUCUAAUAUUCCACUUUAUCUCACGGAUGAGCAAGUCACUGAACUCUUGGUCUCGUUCGGUGAAUUGAAGGCUUUUGUUCUAGUCAAGGAUAGCAGUACCGAAGAGUCACGAGGCAUUGCUUUCUGCGAAUACGCUGAUGCUGCGGCCGCAACAGACAUUGCUGUGGAGGGGUUGAACGGUAUGGAGCUUGGAGAUAAGCAUCUUAAGGUUCAACGAGCGAGCAUCGGCCUUACCCAAGUGUCUGGUCUUGAAAUGGGCGUCAAUGCUAUGUCCAUGCUUGCCGGUACAACCUCGGCAGGCCUGGAGGGGAGCAGAGUGUUGCAAUUGCUCAACAUGGUAACUCCUGAAGAGCUCAUAGACAACGAAGACUAUGAAGAAAUCCAAGAAGACGUAAGAGAAGAGUGCGAGAAGUUUGGCAAGGUCUUGGACAUGAAGAUUCCGAGACCGACUGGUGGAAGUAGGCAAUCGAAUGGAGUUGGCAAGAUCUACGUCAAAUUUGAUACUCCAGAAUCAGCGGGCAAAGCUUUGCGGGCCCUAGCUGGCAGGAAGUUUGCAGAUCGUACUGUUGUAACGACGUACUUUUCAGAGGAAAACUUCGAAGUUUCUGCUUGGUAA